AAACAAAAAAACCACAAGAUAGGCUAGAUUUGUUAUUUCUCAAUGGUAAUUCAUCAGUGAAUGAUCAAUAUUCUGUAACCGGAUCAAUGAACAAUAAUCAAAAUGGCGAGGAUGAAUUUUUUGAUGCUGAUGAUUCUAAUGAUCUAAAUUUGAAUAUACAAAACGAUUUAACAAAAGGAUGGACGGAUUUAAAGCGUCGAAAUUUUGGACGAACCAAACUUCCGGUGCAAAUGUUUGAUCGUUCACAAAUCAGCAUCUGGAGUAUAUUGAAACAAUGUAUCGGGAAAGAAUUGUCUAAAAUUUCAAUGCCAAUAAUUUGGAAUGAGCCCGUAUCGUUUUUACAACGUUUUGCCGAAAAUGUUCUUUAUUCUUAUCUGCUCGAUAAAGCUGACCAGUGUGACGAUCCAAUCAUGAGAAUGCAAUAUGUGGCAGCCUUUGCAGUAUCAUCGAUUGCAAGCAACAUUGAUCGAUUAUCUAAACCAUUUAAUCCAUUAUUAGGUGAAACAUAUGAAUUUUCCAGAGAAGACUUGAGUUUUCGAUUUAUGAGCGAACAAGUAUCUCAUCAUCCUCCUGUAUCAGCAUUCACUUGUGAGUCGCUAGAAGAUCGAUGGAAAUUUUAUGGAAGUAUAUUACCAAAAGUAAAAUUUACUGUCAAGAAGAUGAUUGUUGAACCGAAAGGAACAUUAACGUUAGAAUUAAAAAGACACAACGAAAUCUAUACUUGGGAAACUGUGACAUGUACAAUUCAUAACAUUGUUGUCGGGAGAUUAUGGUUCGAAUAUCAUGGUACCAUGGAAAUAGUGAAUCAUACAAGAAAAUUAAAGACUGUUCUCAAUUUUAAACCGUAUUCAUGGUCUACGAAAGAACUGCAUAAAGUUGAAGGAUAUGUGUAUGAUUCCAAUAAACAAAAAAUUCGAGGUCUAUAUGGUUUUUGGACAGAUUCAUUUUAUUCAAUCGAUAUAGACAAUUUUGAAGCAUUUCUAAAACAAAUGAAAAAAGAAGCAAAACAAUCAACAAAAUCCUCAGGAGUAGCAUCCGCCGCUGUCGUUGACAGUGAGGAAGAAGAAGACGUUCCUGAUGUCACAAAUGAGCUCAAUUUACCUCCAAAUUCAUUCCAAUUAUGGAAAAUCAUUCCUAAAUUAGAUUAUGCACCACAAUAUUAUAAUUUUAGUUUAUUUACCAUGGCAUUGAAUGAACUAACUGAUGAAGUUAAACGACUAUGUCCUCCAACAGACUGUCGAUUCCGUCCAGAUAUGAGGAAAAUGGAAGACGGUGAUAUUGAAGCGGCCAAUCUAGAAAAAAAUCGUUUAGAAGAAAAACAACGUGCAGCAAAACGAGACCGUGAAAAACGCAAACAAGAAUGGACACCAAUGUGGUUCCGUACUGAAAAACAUCCAAUAACCGGUCAAGACGUUUGGUGCUCUAAUAAUCGAUAUUGGCAACGGCAAUGGUCCAAUUGUUCCGAUAUAUUCUAA